AUGAACGUAUUACUGUUGACUCUGGUUUUGUAUUCUAUAGUUUUUUGUUACGGUAAGCAAAAACUUCUCUUCUAAUUCCAAAAUAAUUUAAAUUUCAGCAAUGAAUUCAGGUUGCCCAUUUUUCAUAAAAUACGGAUAUUUCGACGCAUGUCGUCGUGAAAUCCAAAAGAAAAACGAGCUGGAAAAAUGCAUCGAAAGAUUCGCCGAAGUUGGUUACUGUAUGCGCCUUUAAAAACCACACCAGCAAAAGAAAAACGAAACGGAAAUAUCUACAUAACCGCCCAUUUGCUGUAUUUCUCUAUAAUUCUCCUAUCUCUUCUCGUAUCCAUACAUAGAUUAUUUUUAUCAUUGAUUCGCGCAAAUUUAUGAUUUUGUCGAAACUUGGUUUUUGUAUGGGUGAAGAAGCUGCUUGCGUCACUUUUUCCAUGAUUUUAUUGUUGUUGUAAAUAUAUUUUCUGCAAUAUAAAAUCAUUAUUUUCAUCCAAAGUUCAAUUGUUUCGUGUUAGCAUCGACUAAAAACGUAAUCAAUCAAUCAGUCAGUCAAAAUUCAUGUUUUUAAUCGACAAAUUAACACACGGCUGAAUGAUGCGCGGGUCUUCUCAACUUUCCAUUUUUGUCGUCUCCUCUUUGUGCCUUCCAAUUACUUCUAGACUUUUUCUAGAAGGUUUUCUCUCUAAUGUACAUAUGUAGAUACUUACUUAUUUUCAUUUUCACUUUUUAUCUUUCCCCUGAUUUUAUGACGUAUUCCAGAUUUCUCAUCACAUUCUUUGUGUUUUGACCUUUCCUUAAUUUGAUAUCAAAAUAUUUAGCAGGUAAAAUGGCGUUGAUUCGAGAAUUGGAAGAAGGGGAAGAAGAUCAACAACAGAUCAAAUUAGCCGAUGGGAAAUUCUCGAGAUUUCGAAGAAGGUUGAAAAAUGAUUGGGACAAGUUAUGGGACGAUUUAUCUGAUCCAGAACGUGAGGUUUUUCUGCAAUUUUUCAGCACUAGACCUCAAACUUUUAAAAUUUUUCGAGAUAGAUCAAAAUUUUUUUUGAGUAAACGCGACAGGUUAAUUGAACCACAGUGAUGAAAUAAAACUAGUUCCACAAAUAUUCCAAAUUCUUGAAGGAAAAAAAUUGUGAUUUGAACGAGAAAAGAAAUUUAAAAACACGUGAACAUUUGAAAAUCAUUUUAAUUUUUCUAAAAUAUUUGCAGAAAUGCGAUUUCCUUGGCCAACAAAUACCCCAAUUGAAGUGUACGAAUUAUUCAAUAUCGAUCGAUUCGAUCCGAAUUCUCAUAAAUAUGAAAUGCCAUUUUUCUGGCUAACACAUUCUGUUCGAGCAACACCUUCCUGGUAAAUCUAUAUUACAAUUUUCAAAAAAACAAUCUUUUUUUCUGAAUUACAGGGCUCUUUUGGUUUGCAUCAUUGAAUGUGGUUUUGCUCUCAUUUGUUUUUUAUCAGUGAUGCUUCAUUAUUUAUUAUAUCUUCCUUCCUGUGAUCGAUAUUCGAAGCCAAUUUUGGUAUUUCAAUUGACAGCAGUUCAAUAUGCAGUGUUUUAUAGUUUCAAAGUAUGUUUUUCUCAUUAUUCAUUUUUCCGGAAUUUUCAAUUUUCAGGUUCUUUUUGUUAUUUCAAUAGUUGAAAGAAAUGCUCGCUUAAUGCGUUUUCAAUUAUUUUUCCAAUAUGCCACGUGUGUUUUUCUACUUUUGGAUGCAUCAUUUGCAUUAUCUUCGGAUUUCGGUGGUUUCAAUGAAGAAGUUAUUUAUUGCGAAAAGAAUCCGAUUCUUAUUCGAUUUGUAGCAAUUCUAUCACUUAUUUUUAUCUUUGUUCAAUUAUUUUUGAGAAUUAUCACUGUUCAAGUUUAUAAUUUUAUGUGGGAUGUUAGGAAAUUCAGGUGAGUUGGAUGGUAGAUCAAUUUCAAACAUGAGCAAUGCUUUUUUUUCAGAAAAACUUAUCACAAUUGUCGUUGGAGAUAUCGAAAAAGAUGUCAUUUUACAUACUGUUCAGUUAUUCAAAACUCAAUGAAGGAAGCAAAGCUAAAGGCAAAAGAAAAUGCAAAAUUCCGGCAUGAAUAUGAAACACAAGAAGGAAUUCUGAAAGGUAUUCAGAAGUCACAUAAUAUAACACAUAUUCAGAUUGGACCAUCUGAAGAAUUUGUGUUUAGAGAUGAAAGAAAAGCAAGUGGAUCAGUGAGUUUUUGAGGAAAAAAACCACAUAAAUUUCUAAAUGCGAUUUGAUUCAGACAAUAUCCUCUUCGCAUAUUAUUCCAAUUCCACUUGGAAAACGAAAAAUGACACUUCGAACAAGUAAUUCACCAUCAACAAAACAUCGAAGAACUUCGGAUGGGAGAAUGGUAUCAACUAGAAAAAGAAGACCAUCUCCUGGAAUUCGAGUCAAACUUGAGGUGAGUUCUAGAUUUGUAUAUUUCUCUAAAUAUUUGUUGAUCUCGUCAGGUUGACACGGAUACAGCUCGCCUUCUUUUGAAUCAUAAACGAAAAAAUGGACAGAUUCCGGAAAUGAAAACAAAAGAUUUUGGAGAAGAUGAUGAAUAG